CCCGGCCCCCGCCCGCGCCUGGUCUUCCGCACGCAGCUGGCGCACGGCAGCCCCACCGGCAAGAUCGAGGGCUUCACCAACGUGCGCGAACUCUAUGCCAAGAUCGCCGAGGCCUUCGGGAUCGCGCCCACCGAGAUCCUGUUCUGCACCCUCAACAGCCACAAAGUGGACAUGCACAAACUGCUAGGCGGCCAGAUCGGGCUGGAGGACUUCAUCUUCGCGCACGUGCGCGGGGAGACCAAGGAGGUGGAGGUCACCAAGACGGAGGACGCGCUGGGGCUGACCAUCACCGACAACGGGGCCGGCUACGCCUUCAUCAAGAGGAUCAAAGAAGGCAGUAUCAUUAACCGGACGCAGGCCGUGUGCGUGGGCGACAGCAUCGAGGCCAUCAACGACCACUCCAUCGUGGGCUGCCGCCACUACGAGGUGGCCCGGAUACUGCGCGAGCUGCCCAAGGCCCAGCCCUUCACCCUGCGGCUGGUGCAGCCCAAGAGAGCCUUCGAUAUGAUCGGCCAGCGCAGUCGGAGCAGUAAGUGUCCCGCAGAAGCGAGAGUGACCAGUGGGAGGGAGACCCUGCGGCUCCGCCCCGGGGGGGCCGCCACGGUGGAGGAAGCGCCCAGCGAGUUCGAGGAGGAGGCGUCUCGGAAGGUGGACGACCUGCUGGAGAGUUACAUGGGCAUUCGGGACCCAGAGCUGGCGGCCACCAUGGUGGAGACAUCCAAGAAGACGGCGGGGGUCCAGGAGUUUGCGCGCUGCUUAGACGCCGUCUUGGGCGAGUUCGCCUUCCCGGACGAGUUCGUGGUGGAGGUGUGGGCCGCCAUCGGCGAGGCCAGGCAGGCCUGUGGCUAGUGUGCCCCGGGGCUGGGCGC